ACGUCUUUAUUUCAUUGUAAAGGCACGCUACACCACCAGGUGCGGGUAUAGCGUCUGCUGUUCACGCCAACUGCGCCAGGUGGAGGUUCGGUAACCCCCACCCACACCCCGCAGUAAAUGAUUCUGAUUUCGAUUCUCAAAACCCCAGGAAGAUAAGCACAGAACAACCUCCCAUGCAUGCCCUGAAAGCUCCAGUGCAAUUGGGAAAUUGAAUACCCUGCCACAUCCAUCGCAAGAAACCCAAGAAUGCUUCACCAUUAAACACCCGGAACUAGAAAACCAAAUUUACCUCCCGCUACAAAAGCCUCCACCCCAUCCCUUCUCACCGCCUCCCUUGAAAACAACCGAAAAGCCCACCCACCACCAUGCUUGCCACCACCAUCCCCCUCCUACUUCUCUUCCAUACCUCCCUCGCUCUCAACCAAGAAGGCCUUCUCCUACUCCGAGCCAAGCGCGGCCUCGACGACCCCUCCAACUCCCUCUCCGACUGGGACCCACGUGACCCCACCCCAUGCAACUGGACCGGCGUCUCCUGCCGCCCCGCCUCCGGCGGCGGCGCCGCCACCGUCUCCGCCGUCACGCUCCCCGACCUCGGCCUCUCCGGUCCUUUCCCCUCCGCUCUCUGCCUCCUCCCCAACCUCUCCUUCCUCUCCCUCGCCUCCAACUCCAUCAACUCCUCCCUCCCGUCCUCCUCCCUCCUCCCCUGCCCCUCCCUCUCCCACCUCGACCUAUCCGAAAACCUCCUCGUCGGCCCUCUCCCAACCUCUCUCCCUCUCCUGCCUUUCCUCUCCUAUCUCGACCUCUCCAGCAACAACUUCUCUGGCGAAAUCCCCCACUCCUUCGCUGCCUUUCCUCGGCUCCAAACUCUCUCCCUCGUCUACAACCUCCUCUCCGGCCCCGUUCCGCACUUCCUCUUCAACCUUUCCUCCCUCCAAGAACUCAACCUCUCCUACAAUCCCUUCUUCCCCUCCCCCCUCCCCCACUCCUUCGCCGACCUCGCCAGCCUCCGCGUCCUCUGGCUCGCCGGCUGCAACCUUGUCGGCCGCAUCCCCCCCGCCAUCGGCCGUUUCGCCAAUCUCAUCGACCUCGACCUCUCCUCCAAUUCCCUCCAAGGUUCGAUCCCCCCUUCCCUCGCCCGACUCUCCUCUGCCGUCCAGAUGGAGCUCUACUCAAACUUGCUCUCCGGUCCCAUCCCCGGCGGUCUAUCUAACCUCACCAACCUUCGGUUCUUCGAUGCCUCCAUGAACCAGCUCUCCGGCCCCAUUCCCGAGGACAUCUUCCUUGCUCCCAAGCUUGAAAAUCUCAACCUUUAUGAGAAUAACCUCACCGGACCGAUUCCUUCCACCAUUUCCCGCUGCCGGAAUCUUGCUGAUAUCCGGCUGUUCUCGAACCGGCUCUCGGGGCCUCUUCCUGCGGAUUUUGGCAAGAAUUUCCCGCUUGUUUUUAUCGACAUUUCGGAUAAUUCCUUCACCGGGGAGAUUCCUGCCGGAAUUUGUGCACAGGGGAAACUCGAACAGCUUUUGUUGCUGGAUAAUUUGUUCUCUGGGAGUAUUCCGGAUACCCUCGGCCGGUGCCGGAUGCUGACGCGAGUCCGGCUUAAGAACAACCGGCUGUCCGGCGACGUGCCCAAUGCAUUCUGGGGGCUGCCCCAUGUUUAUCUUCUCGAGCUUGCCGGAAACUUUCUAUCAGGCGGUAUCUCUCCGGCGAUCUCUGGUGCCGGCAAUCUCUCCCAGCUUCUGAUAUCCGAGAACCAGUUCAGCGGCCCCAUUCCAGUGGAGAUUGGAGCUCUGUCAAAUCUGUCUGCGUUCUCGGCCGCCAACAAUCGGCUGACAGGGCCACUACCGGCAUCGCUUGAGAGCUUGGCACAGCUGUGGCAACUCGAUCUUCACAACAACUCACUCUCUGGCGACCUCCCCGCAGGAAUUCUGUCGUGGAGGAAGCUCAGCCAGCUGAACCUCGCCGACAAUUCCUUCACCGGUGGGAUCCCGCCGGAGCUCGGGAAUCUGCCGGUACUCAACUACCUUGACCUUUCUGGCAAUGCUCUCACUGGAGCGAUUCCGACCCAGUUGCAGAACCUCAAACUCAACCAAUUUAACCUCUCCAAUAACCAGCUCUCUGGAGCCAUCCCUCCCCUGUUCCUGAGCGGCGCCUAUAAAAAUAGCUUCUUGGGCAAUCCGGACCUGUGCAACGACUUGACUAAGCUCUGCCGAAGCCCUCAUGAUGCCACCGAGAAGCACCGUGAUUUCCUUUGGUUGCUUCGUGCAAUCUUCAUACUCUCCUCUGUUAUCUUUGUUGCUGGGGUGGCAUGGUCCUACCGGAAGUAUAGGGAUUACAGGAAGGGAAAUCUUGGACUGGACAAGUCCAAAUGGACCUUAACAUCAUUCUACAAACUGGGUUUCAGUGAGUAUGAGAUCUUGGAUUGUCUCGAUGAAGACAACGUAAUCGGUAGGGGAGCUUCUGGGAAGGUGUACAAGGCAGUGCUUAGCAAUGGAGAGACUGUCGCCGUGAAGAAGCUUUGGUUUAUCUCGAAGAAAGAGAAUGAUGACAUGGAUCAAAGUCCGGACCAUGGCUUUGAAGCGGAGGUCACCACGUUGGGGAAAAUUAGACACAAGAACAUUGUAAAGUUGUGGUGUUGCUGCGAUCAUAAGGACUGCAAGCUUCUAGUUUAUGAAUACAUGCCAAACGGGAGUUUAGGAGACUUGCUUCAUAGCAACAAGGGGUGUCUAUUGGAUUGGCCCAUUAGGUAUAAGAUUGCAUUAGAUUCGGCUGAGGGACUUUCAUACCUACACCAUGACUGCGUGCCACCAAUUGUCCAUAGAGAUGUUAAAUCGAACAAUAUAUUGUUGGAUGGGGAGUUUGGUGCAAAAGUGUCGGAUUUCGGGGUCGCGAAGACCAUUGGAAAGGGGUCGAAAUCCAUGUCUGUCAUUGCUGGUUCGUGCGGAUACAUUGCCCCAGAAUAUGCAUACACUCUCAGGGUGAAUGAGAAGAGCGACAUAUACAGCUUUGGUGUGGUCAUUCUUGAGCUAGUCACUGGGAAGCUCCCUGUAGAUCCUGAGUUUGGAGAGAAGGACCUGGUGAAGUGGGUCUGCAGCACAAUGGAGCAGAGAGGGGUGGACCAUGUAAUCGACCCCAAGCUCAAUAUCUGCUUUAAAGAUGAGGUCUGCAGGGUCCUCAGCAUUGGUCUCCUUUGCACCAGCGCCCUCCCUAUCAACCGGCCGUCGAUGAGGCAGGUUGUAAAAAUGCUGCUUGAGGUGAGACCUGAGGAGAAGCCCAAGCCCAAGCCCAAGCCCAAGCCUGUGAUGAAGGAUGGGCAGCUGUCUCCUUAUUACUACGAAGGCAACUCUGAUCCGGGUUGCAUUGUCUAAAUUGAUGGUCGAUGAUCCUGGUUGGAGAGAUGAAUCGGGAGCUCAUCUUUCCUUCAUCUUUGUGACGGUUUGAUCCUUGGCAUUUUGUGGGAAAAUUUGAAGCAGGCAUACCGUGUGUGCUGGCUUCUGCUGGAAAUGAUUUUGUCAUUUCAGUACUAUGUCUCAGCAAGAAGUAGAAGAUAAAGCAUCUUGCUGAUACUGUUGAGUCCUUUUCUAUCUAUUGGUAAUAUGCUUAUUGCUCGCUC